AACAGGUGAUGCAGGUGCCGGUAGGCUUCCUCGCCAAGCUCUGGAGCUUCGUGUCCUUCUUGCCAUACUUCAUCCUCCUCCUGCUCCUUGGCUGCACAAAAGCUGUCCUGAUCGGCCCGGUCGCCGCGACCAUCGUCUUCUUCGGGGAUUCGGCCGUCAUUGUUGGCCUCUGGCCCGCGCAUUUCAUCUGGACAUACUGCUGCGUGCUCAAGACGAAACGAGUCGGGCUGGUUCUGAAGAUUCUAGCAGCGAUAUUCCUGCCGCUGCCGUUGGCCCUACUGCCGGCGCUCGGCAUUCUGGGUAGCCUUCUAGUUGGCAUCGGCUAUGGAGUGUUCACUCCCCUCAUGGCCACCUUCGAGGCCGUCGGUGAGGGCGUCGCCGACAAGCUCUCCCAUUGCUUUUUGGAUGGCACCGCUAGCACGAUAAGGGGAGCUUGUAUGGUGGUGCGUGACGUUACCGACUUCUGCUUCCACUCCUACUUCUCCUUCAUGGAUGAGCUCUCGGAGAACAUGGGGGAGGACGAAGAGCCUUUCGACAUCAAGCUGUCUUAUCUACCACGGAGCUUGCUCGUCGCGCUGGUUUCUGUUCCUCUAGAUGUCUUGAUGGUUACUGGGGUGGCGUUGUGGAAAAGCCCCUGCAUGCUAUUGAAAGGAUGGCAGAGACUCUGCGAAGACCUAGUCGGAAGGGAAGGGCCUUUUCUGGAGACCGUUUGCGUCCCUUUUGCCGGUCUGGCCAUUGUAUUGUGGCCACUUGCUGUAAUUGCAGGGGUGAUCGCAUCGUUUCUUAGCAGCUUUUUUCUUGGUCUCCAUGCUGGAUUGAUUGCUUAUCAGGAGGAUUCAUUUCAAAUGGGUCUAUCAUACAUGAUUUCUGCCGUAGCAUUGUAUGAUGAAUACACAAACGAUCUUCUUUACUUAAGAGAAGGUUCUUGUUUGCCAAGGCCCAAGUACCGGAAGGCGGGUUCUCCAAAGUUCGAAGCAAGCCACGACACGGAUGAGCACAACAUUGCAGCUGAAUGUGCAGAGAAGCAACAUCAUGGAUACCGUAAGCCUAGGAGGGUUCUACAGCGGUCAAAGACAUUCAUGGAAACUAUCCAACGGCUAAGACCCAUCCAAAUAUGGGACUGGCUCUUCCGGUCUUGCGAGAUGAAUGGAAGGAUAUUAAUGAGCGAGGGACUGAUUAGUUCUGAAGACAUAGAGGAAUUCAUAACUAAAGGAAAGGGAAAGAAGUUGAGCAUAAAAUUGCCGGCGUGGUGUAUCCUUCACUGUCUAAUACGGUCCGCAAAGCAUGACUCACACGGUUUGCUCAUAUCUGAUGAUGUCGAGGUGACCAACUUUAAUUGGCCAAAAGACAGAGUGUUCGACUGGAUGCUUGGACCACUGCUGGUCUUGAAGGAGCAGAUGAAGAAACUUGAGCUAACCGAAGAAGAGGAAAUGUGCUUGCGGAAGCUCAUCAUGACGAACAAAAACGACAAACCAUCAGACUGGGAGGACUGCGGUUUUCCAUCGAACGACAGUGUGAAGAGAGCUCAGCUACAAGCAAUCAUCAGAAGGCUGCAGGGGAUCGUCGCCAACAUGUCCCGGAUACCAGGCUUCAGGAGGCGGUUCCUGAAUUUGACUAGGGUGCUGUACCUGGAGGCGAUCGACGCGGGUACCAUCGACGGGUCGCGCAAGAUAGAGGGCAAAGUCAAAGCUGAUAUCGCCAGCGAGAAACUUCAGUACGGAGAUUCUAUAGAAGCCAAGGAUCCAUCAAAUGACACAUUUGGGAACGUUGAUAUGGUUUGA